AGCGAAGUAAAGUAAAUGCUUUGAUGCUAACGUAGUCGUAGUACUACUACUUACUAUCCACUUCCUUUAAAGAAAGUGAAGGUACUUUUUUGUGACGAUCACUUGAUCAUCUCUUUUAUUUAUUUUUUUAAUUCCGCGGAAAAGAAAGUGAACUUUGUUAUUGUUUUGGGAAAGAUUUUUAAUAUUUUAGAUAGUAGUGUCGCGUAGACUUUGUCUCGCUGUUAUUUGGAUUAAUAAUUAAUGUGAGGAAAAAUGCCACGAAGACACCGACAAGAAGACAUUUAUUGGAACGCAGCUGAAUCAGAUAGUGAUGAUUGUUUCCGAGACUACCAACGCCUACCACCACCUGCCAAAGAACCUUACAUAGACCCUUGGGAUCUAGAAAACUACGCCUACAUCAGAGAGCAUCUGGAUUCCAUGGAACUUUCUUCGAAUCCAUCUGUUCCACAAAGUGCUUCAAGUACUGGAAGUGGAGAUUUUGGUGAAACAAAUUCAAACUCGUUUUGUUACGUUCCUGGAACUAAAAGAUUAUCAGAAAGGCAUAUGGAUGCUAAUGGCGAUUAUGCGGAUAUUGAAGAAGUAAAAUAUGUGUCCAGAAGACCUGUGGAGAAACAAAGAAGGAACAGUCGGUAUGAAUAUGAAAUAGAAGAAAAUCCUUACGAACCAGGUCUGUCAGAAAAUUCAAUUUUUGGGAUCUACGAUAAGACAGGUCGUUUUAGAAAAGUUGCUGUCCCUGUAGAUACAGCAUAUAAGACACAAUUGGACAGAAGUCUGAGUUCAUCCUAUAGCUAUGAAAAUUAUGAAUAUGAUCCCUAUGUCUCCAGAUACGACAUAUACUCUAGACUAGACGAAAUGGCUCCUUCGGCAAAUCAAACGAUGCCAAUCUACGACGAUGUUAGAAGGUUGAGGAAAAAACCAAGAAAUUUUGGUCUAACGAAUUACGGCCACCUUAAAAUAGAUUAUUCAUUGAGUUGGAAUAAUUUGAACAGAUAUAUAAGAUAUCACAGUUAAAGAAAUAUGCUUUACGUGCUAUUGAAUUUGAUAUGUAGUCACCUUCGGUAGUCACAGAAAUUGUAGGUAGAGUUAAGGCAUAAAAUAUAAUAGAAAAUUGUUAUUAAGUAUUAAAAAUGAUAAAGUUGUAUUAUGAUUUUUUUUCUCUAAUAAGAUAAGCUGAUUAUUCUUUGUUAAUCAUAAUUUUUUUAUUGUUGUUAGUAAGACUGUUGUCGAUAGGAUUACUAUUAUUUCUCACUAUUUCUCAGUACCUACCUACUUAUAUAUUGGACUUAUUGUAUUUUUAUUUAAAUAA